UUAUAAUUGACCCAAGGCCCAAACUGCCCAGUGGCCUCCACAAGGGAGGCACAAUGCGUGUCUCUGUAUCAGCUCAGGCUGUGGUCUUCAGCCUCGCCUUUCCCUUCCUCACCACCGCUGCCGAUGAUGCGAGUUACAAUGCUUCCCUGCCCUUUCGACCCAACAACGUGACACUUCUUCACGAUCCGUACUACUGGGUGGGCUCGUACUACAAUGGGACUACCGAGUUGAAGUUGAUGCCCUAUACGGGCUUAGCUGGGAACGACAGCGCCCAGUGCCCGUUGCUCGCCAAUACCACGACCACCGCACGAUAUGACACGAUCCUCGCCCUUACCGAGCCAAGCAUACGCAACAAUGGCAGCGACCCUGUGAAUGCCUUUCUCAUGCUCUGGGACCCUGGCUUUGACUUUUCUACAAUCACUAGCUUUGGCUGGCCCCUGGUCGAUCUCCCCUUCUUACAAUGGAGCUAUCUUUCUUCCCAGUUCGUCGCUCUUCCUAUCCCUGAGCGACUCCGUCACUCGCCCUUGCCCCUACAAAUUCAAUCACAGAAUUGGUUCUACUGGGAGCUAAACACAACCACUCAGAGCCCACCAUACCGUCUCUCGAGCACCAUCACUACAUACUAUAAUGGCGCGGGAGCCCUCAGAGCCAACAUGACCAACUGCACCAGUACAGAGAUAGUUCCCUGGUUAAUUGACCUGGGCCCCUGGGCCCCGGACAACAACUUCGCCUAUGAGUCUGAAUGGCCGGCUAUGACGGUUAGUAUGGAGUUCGAUGGUGAGACGGCAAAUUACACUAUCCGAGGUUACUUUGAUAGCUAUCGAAUCUACUCGAACGGAACAUCAAGAUCCGGGGGUGAAAUCACCCACGGGCAGUUCACGCUGCGCUUCGCGGGCGUCCUGGAUGCCUACCAUUCGGACAUCCUGGCCAACGACACCGUCACCCCUACCUGGCUGCGCACGGUCGGGUUCAACAACAACUCACUGAAUAUUGGGUACACGGGGGCUGCAGGGAGGACCAUGUCCGCCGGGUCGUCGGUGGCAGCGGCUUUCGCCGCGUUGGUCCUGACGCAAGUGGUGCAGCUCUUCCUUUAA